AUUGAGCAGAAGAGAAGAAGUCGAAGAAGUCUUGGCAGCAGUUAGCAGCAUGCUAUCCGAGUGCAGAUGUUAUCAACUCACAGAUAAAUGAGUCGUCGUUAGUAUCUUUAAUAUAAGAUACUCCCUGGUAGGAGACAAGUUAUGAUGGAGAAGAGGGCCUGAACUGAAAUAUUUUGGGAUACUCCAUAUUGAAUCUUCAUGUUGACCUUUGCUUUUCCCAAUCUGAGUAGAACAGUGGUGCGUGUGAGGAGAUUGGCAGCUCAACUCUCCAAAGCAACCAUGUCAACAAACCCCCAUGGAUCUAGUUCUUUUUCUGAAGCCAAUGGGGACGCUCCCACUGCAGCCAUUCUCAUCAUUGGAGAUGAGAUUCUCAAGGGUCACACACGGGACACAAACAGUGCCUUUCUGACUCGAGCACUAAGGAGGCUCGGGGUGUCUGUGCAGCGCAUCUCAGUAAUACCAGAUGUACAGGAGGUCAUUGCCAACGAGGUGUCCCUCCUUUCUUCUAAAUAUACGCACCUCAUCACUUCAGGGGGCAUAGGCCCGACGCAUGACGAUGUCACCUUUGAGAGUGUUGCCCUGGCGUUCGAAGAAGAGUUGUAUGCCCACCCUGAGCUCACCCGAUUGGUUGAGGAAUUUUUUGGUGUAACAGAUAAGAACAAUGCUGCUAUGAAGCUGGCCAUGGUGCCUCGCUCGGCCAAUCUCAACUAUGGAACUGACCCUCAGACUGGACAACUGCUGCGCUACCCACUGGUCAGUGUGCGUAACGUGUAUAUCUUUCCUGGGAUUCCCUCUCUGAUGGAGAGGGCCUUCAAUGGGCUGGAGCACCUCUUUGCUGGUUCAGGGACAAUCUUUCACACUCGCGAGGUGUUUGUGGACGCAGAUGAAGCAGAGAUUGCCAAUGUGCUGACCAGACUGCAGGCUAGUUGGAGCCGGAAGGUGGCUCUGGGCUCCUACCCUGAUUGGUUGGGCAACUAUCACAGAGUCCGGCUGGUCCUGGACUCAGACAGCCAGGAGGAGGUGGACAAAGCGCGGACACAGCUGCUGGACGAGCUGCCCAAGGGGACCGUGGUGCCCUUAGUCACUGACCCGGUGUCCAUCGCCACGACUGAGGUGUACGCGCUGGCCAACAGCGGCACACCACUGGGUGACAAAGUUAUGUGUGCACUGAAAACGAUAGAGGCUGCUCUGGAUCAGUAUUCCACAGAGGAGGUCUGCGCCGGCUUCAACGGAGGCAAAGACUGCACGGCGCUGCUCCAUCUCUACCACGCAGCGCUGAAACGGCGUUUUCCAGAUGGUAAAGACAAGUUGAAAGCUCUGUAUAUCCGUAUCGUCUCUCCAUUCCCAGAGAUGGAGAGAUUCCUUCAGGACACAAUAAAAAGAUAUGACUUGGAGAUCAUCUCAGUGGAGGGCAGUAUUCGGCAGGCGCUGAGCGAGGUGCAGGAGAGGAGGCCGGAGCUGAAGGCCGUCCUGAUGGGGACCAGGAGGACUGACCCCUACUCACACACACUCACAGCCAUGUGUCCCACUGACCCCGGCUGGCCCAACUACAUGAGAGUCAACCCAUUACUAGACUGGACUUAUCGUGACAUCUGGUCGUUCAUGAGGACGUUAUAUGUUCCCUACUGUAUUCUCUAUGAUAAAGGGUACACUUCUCUGGGCAGUAUGGACAACAGCUGUCGCAAUGCCUCCCUCCAGAUGGUGGAUGAGAGGGGGGUGACGCGAUACAGGGCGGCCUACCUCCUGGAGAACGAAGAAGAGGAGCGAAACUCCCGCCUCUGAUGUAGUCACACUUUGCACUGUUUCACCUGUUGCUGAGGAAGGUUUUCAGAUAUUGUAUCAACCCCUACACACACACACACACACACACACACACACAAAACUCAACAUGGACCUUUCUAUAAAGUAUUCAUGUGAAUAUUUGCGGAAUACCAUCAGAAUGAAAUUGUUAAAGAAGUCUAUGUGCGUCUGCUAUUUGUUUAUACAUGUGAGUUUCAGCCUUAAGUGAUGGCUCUCUGAGCUCUUCAAUAAAACAUCAGUCUUUGUCAUCAUU